UCUUAAUAUAUAAAUAACAAAAUUCUUCUCUUCUUCCACGUGAAGAUUUGACUUCAACUUUACCUUUGCCUUGGCGUUUUACGUUCCAGUAAGAGAGCGAGAGUCCAAUGGGUCUUUGGGAUUACAUUACCGCCACAACCGAUUCACUUAAAAACAACACACCAGAUCUGACGCUGGUGAAGAACUGGUGUUCAACCUCUUACGGAUACACCAAAUACGCCGUCACCGACAUUGGCGGCGCCAUAAAAGAUAACGCCGGCAAGGUAAUCACUCGCUACGGACCUGACGAGAAAACCAAGUCUAAACUCGUCCCGUUGGCCACCAGCGUUGCUAAAUACUCGGUUGUGGAGGGUCUUAAAUUCGUCCCAGGGGGUGUUCCUACUUAUAAUGUUCUGAAAAAAUCGUUUAAUGAUUUGAAAAAAUUGGAGGAGGAUCCAAAGGUGGAAGUAAAAAACUUGGAAGAUAAAGUAAGGGUAUUGGAGAAAGAAGUGGAAAAGGUCAAGAAAUUAGUUGAGGAAAUGGAGUGUAUGAACAACAAAGCUACGAUUGUUGAAAGUGAGAAAACCGAGAAUGUGGUUAGUGUUAGACAUUUAUAUGUAUAAACUGAAAUAUAUAUGUUUAAGUAUAAAGUGCGGAAUUAAUCAAACAUAUAUGCACUAUAAUUUAAGGAUCGAAA